AUGAACGCAUGGCCAACGGAAGGUAGUGAUGCUAUGGGACCAACGGUAACACGUGCGGUCAGUGCGAUAUCGUGUCAACCACCCCUGAAAAAUGGCGGCGAUUUACGGGAGACUGGGUAUUUGAUAGCCGUUGGGUCUAGAACAGCACGGUUUAGAAGGAAACAUAGGAAAAAGUUGUUAUGGAUAGUCCUCCUAAUCCUAUUAAUAUUAGCUGUCCUGAACCUAGCACUCCUAAUAUACUCCGCCAACCUGGCACUCUCCAUCGACGAUACCGUAAACCCUUGUAACAAUUUUUACCAGUACUCAUGCGGCAAGUGGGCUGAAUCCCACCCGAGGCCCGACGCGUACCGCUCGUACGAUUGGUUUAGAGACAAACAGACAAAAGUGUACACAGCUGUAAGGGACUUCUUCGAAAGGAAAGAAGCAUUGAAUACGACACAAUAUCCUAAGCCAGUACAACAAGCAAAGGACAUGUAUACGGCCUGUAUUGACGUUGAAACGUUGGACAUACGAGGGCUGAAUCCAGUUCUGGACGUUUUAAAAGAAUUGAGACUACCCGUUUAUCCAACACUUAUUAACCUAACAAAUGAUGUGGAUUACAACAACUAUACGUUUGAUUGGCUUGAAGCCGUAAUUAAAAUUAAGAAAAAUCUGGGUAUGGACGUUCUAAUUGGAUUUGAUAUUUUCGCUGACACAAAAAACUCCUCAAUAUACCGAUUGAGUAUGGGCUCACCGGAAACUACAAAUCCAUUUCCGAGCAUGCACAACAAGAGAAAACGUCAUAAAAGAAGAAAUAAGGCGAAACAUUCGAAUUUCUUUCGAUCGAGACAAUCUUCAAGGGAAACGAAAUUUAUUUCUGCCAAAGAAAAUCAUCGUGAAAACAUAAUUGGUGACGAUACUGAGGAAGUGGUCGACGUACUGGCAAUACACACGACUUCGGAGUUACGUUCUGUAUUCGAUAAAUUGUAUGUUGAUUUGGGUGAAGCCUACAACACCGCCGAAUCCUCACCAUCUCGAAGCCUAAGAUGCGCCAGUGCCGUAGACGAUAUGCUCGGUAUGGCUGUCGCAUACGUCCUAGCUGAUCCCAACUUUGUUAAAGCUACCAAGCCUAAGAUCCAAGUAAUGCUUAAAGAACUGAAAAACGCUCUAGCCCACUUAAUCGGCAAAACAAAAUGGAUGGACGACAACACGAAGCUAGAAACGUAUAGAAAGAUAAUCGAUAUGAGAACACUCAUAGGUUUCCCUGAUUGGUUGAUGGAGAGGGGUAAGCUGGAAAUGUUUUACGAGGGGGUGGAGGUGAACAAGGAACACCACCUUGAAAAUAUGAUCAACGUGGUGCAAGUCAAAAUCAAGAAAGCCCUCAAUGGAUUUCGAAAGGUCCACAAUUAUAGCGCAUGGGCAACUAAUCCCACCGAAGUGAACGCAUAUCACACCUUUCAAAAGAAUACAAUAAGUAAUUCCCUUAACUAUGGUGCAUUAGGAACGAUAUUGGGUCAUGAAAUUACUCACGGCUUUGAUAAUUACGGUCGUUUGUUCGAUAAGAACGGCAAUUUCAUACCGUGGUGGACAAAUCAAACGAUCGAGUUAUACGUAAAUAUGACACAGUGCUUCGUGGAGCAGUAUUCCUCAUUCUAUGUUCAAGAGCUUGAUGCCCAUGUUAACGGCAAAAACACGUUGGGGGAGAACAUUGCCGACAACGGCGGUGUAAGAGAAGCGUUGGUUGCACUGAAACACCAUCUAUGGAAAUAUGGACCUGAGCCGAAAUUACCCGGCUUCGAACACCUGACGCCAGAACAGCUUUUCUUUUUGUCCUAUGGAAACCUAUGGUGCGGAGUGGCCACCAAAGACGCGUUAAAAGCUGACUUGGAAGACGAGCAUUCGCCGCAGAUUUUUAGGGCAAUAGGCAGUCUGCAGAACAUGGAGGAUUUCGCAAGAGCCUGGCAGUGCGCUCCAGGAUCAAGCAUGAACCCCAAGAAGAGAUGCGUAAUAUUC